AUGGGAAACAAGAUAUUAGCACUAGUAGCUGCCUUGUUGCCAAAGAAUUAUAAUUUGGAACUGGAAUUAGAUCCAUCAAAACCAAAUUUUAAAGGUUCUUUGACCGCCGAUUUGCGUGUGAAUAAAAAGAGUAAUGCUAAUGGCAUUUCCCAAUUUGAAUUACAUUCUAGAAAUUUGGUCAUUACUUCCGCUAGUAUUACCACUGAAGCAAGAGAGUAUCCCUUGACUGUAUCCUGUGAUGAAACAGCACAAUUAGCUGUUUUCCAAUUCUCGAAAGGAAACUCUUUGCCAUCAUUGGAGGAGAGCGAAACCAUUCAAUUGAAUGUUAAAUACGUCGGAUCUGUUCAGCAAGUUAGUUCAAACAGGGACCAAACUGUGGGAAUCUUUAAAUCUUCUUUCAAUGAUGGGAAGAAUCAUAUCUUUGCCACUCAUUGUCAACCGAGCUUUGCCAGAUCCAUUUUCCCAUGUAUUGACGAACCAUCUUUUAAAUGCUCCAUUCAAUUAUCCAUAAAGACAUUGACAGGGUUUAAGGUAUUAUCUAAUGUGUCUCAACAAUCUAUAGAGACAACAACCAAAAAUGGAUACAAAUUGGUUAAGUUUAAUAAGACACCAUUGAUGACAACAUCUGUCUUUGGGUUCGUCGCAGGUCAUCUAGAUGUAUUGAAAUCUCAAGUACCGGAACAGGAGGUUGGGUAUCCAAUGGUCCCCAUAGCUGUGUAUUCACCCAUUCAAAUUAAUGACGCUACAUUCACUUUGGACACUAUAUUGAAAUAUUUACCCAAACUGCAAUCGUUCUUCCAAAACAAAUUCCCUUUGGAUAAAUUAGAUUUCGUACUAUUACCAUUCUUAAACGAUAUGGCUAUGGAAAAUUUUGGUCUAAUCACCAUUCAAAUGAAUCAUUUAUUAUUAUCUCCAACUAAUUUAUCUAAUAACAUGAUUAGAUUACAAUGUGAACAACUAAUUGUUCAUGAAUUGGUUCAUCAAUGGAUGGGGAACUUUGUUUCCUUUGAUUCUUGGUCUCAUUUAUGGUUUAAUGAAUCGUUUGCCACUUGGCUUGCUUGUCAUCUAGUUUCUGAUAAUGAUACCCAUGAUAAUGAUUCUCAUUCCUACUGGAAUAGUGAUGCCUAUUUGUUACAACAAUUGGAACCACAACUCAUUAGUGAUUCUACCAUUACAAGAAAAUCUAUCAUGGAUGAUAUCUCUCAAUUGGAUCUGAACAAACAAGAUCUUAUCACGAAUGAUAUCUUCAACCAUAUUGCAUACACCAAGGGUAUCACCAUGUUGAGAUCGUUGCAAUUAUGUAUAGGUGAUCAACUAUUGAGCAAGGCCAUGUCUGACCUAUUUAAUGAUAAUUUAGCAUUGUUUCAUGAAAAGAGCGUGAAGCCAAUGGAUAUUUGGAAUCAUGUGGGGAAGUUCUUAAAAUCGGAAAAUAUUCCAAAUUUUAUGAGUUCCUGGACAAGAAUACCUGGCUUCCCUUUAUUGAGUGUCAGUAAAGAAGAUGCAGAAUCUACUAAUUUGGUUCAACAUCGAUUCCUGGUGGACUCCAAAUUGGAUCAAGUGGAAGAUGUGCCAUAUCAUAUUCCUUUGUUUAUUAAACUACCUAACGGUGAACUCGACAAGGAAAAUAUUUUGAUGACUGAUAGAACCAUGAAUUUGAAAUAUCCGAUCACUUUAUGCAACCAUAAUGCGCAAGGUUAUUAUAGAGUUUCUUAUGAAUCAGGAUUAUGUUAUGCUGAUUUUAUAAAACAAAUAGAGGAAGAUAAACUAAGUCAGUUGGAUCUAAUGAAAAUUAUUGUCGAUUUAUCCCAUAUCAUUGGGAACCCAAAUUAUGAGAAACCGAUUCAUUUAUUGGGAUUCUUCAAAUUAUUUAAAUAUUUGUCUGAAAAGGUGACAAAGAAGCCAGAUCUAUGGGAACCUAUUUCUCAAUGUCUUUCGAUAUUGGAAGCAAUUCAAUUAUCUGUCCGCGUGUAUGGUAAAGGGAGUAAAUCUCCUCUCGGCUUGGAUAUCAUCACAAUAUUAUGGAACGCCAUUAAUCUAGAUACCAAGUCAACCUAUGAGUUACAAGCACUUGGUAGUUUGUUAACAUUGACAAAAACGGAGCCUAGGUCCGUAGAAGUUGCAGAAAGCUACUAUUCCACACUAAGAAGCGACUCUAGUGACAACAAAAAAGUUCCCUCGGAACUAGUCUCAUCGAUUUUCCAAGUCAUUGUUGCUAAUUUGCAAAAUGUCAAACAGUGGAAGAAAUUCCAUGAGUUGAUCAAGGCCACAGACCGCAUCCUAAAGAAUAUUGAAGGUUCCUAUUACCCCGAAGGUGAACAGGGAAAACGAUUAUUUAUUGAAGAUAUAUAUGAUAAUUUGGGACGUAACAAUGAUGAAGAGCUUGUGAAGAAGACCUUAAACUUCAUUGAUGGUACCAUUGAGAACGAACCAGCUAUUCAGAUUAUGCAAGGUUUAGCAAAUUCCAUUGUCGGUGAACCCGCUAAGAUAGAAUUGGUUUGGGAUUGGUUUGUUUCUCAUUUCCACCAAUGGCUUCGUAGAUCUCAAAAGAUACCCAAGAUAUCAAUUAUAGUGGAAAGUAUUUCAUUUUCCGUAUUCCAAUUGGUUCAAGUAAGCCAUUCUGAUGAUUUACGCUCGUUUAUAGAGUCGGAGAAGGAUCAAGUUAAAGACAAGUUAGAUUUGGAAGGUAUUUGGGUAGAUGUACAAAGUGCGGCAAUUUCCAGAUUGAAAUUAUAUGAAGAUUCCAAUUCCUUAUAA